GCCCUCUCUUACGUAGACACCCAACAAGGAGAGAGCCGAUACAACAACACGCUUGAUCUGCUCCAACACAAAAAAAUCUACCUGCUUUCUGAAUCAUGUCGUUGAGCCCAAAGCACACAACGCCUUUUUCAGUGACAGAUAUUUUGAGUCCAAUCGAGGAGACCUACAAGAAGUUUAGUGCCAUGGACGGCGCAGGGAACCUAACCUCUCCACUGGGAGCCUACCGGCAGCCUCAGGUGUCUCAGAGCGGCAUGCAGCAACACUCCAUGGGCCACAACGGCGGCGUGGCUGCCACCUACCACAUGCCGCACUCCGUGUCCCAGUUCUCCCACGGCGCCAUGGGGGGAUAUUGUAAUGGGAGCAUUGGCAACAUGGGAGAGCUGCCGUCCUACCAGGAAAGCAUGAGGAAUAGUGCUGCAGCAACAGGCUGGUACAGCACCAACCCUGAUCCAAGAUACUCCACCAUUUCUAGAUUCAUGGGACCUUCCACAGGUAUGAACAUGGCGGGCAUGGGGGGUCUCGCGGGGAUGGCGGACGCCUCAAAGUCCAUGCCGGCCCUCCACGCUGCGCCCAGGAGGAAGCGGCGGGUCCUCUUCUCCCAGGCUCAGGUCUACGAGCUGGAGCGGAGGUUCAAGCAGCAGAAGUACCUGUCAGCGCCGGAGAGGGAACACCUGGCCAGCAUGAUUCACCUGACGCCGACUCAGGUGAAGAUCUGGUUCCAGAACCACCGGUACAAGAUGAAGCGGCAGGCCAAGGACAAGGCGGCGCAGCAGCUGCAACAGCAGCAGCAGCAACAACAACAGCAACAGGACGGGAGCAUGUGCCAACAGCAGGCCCAGUCCCCGAGGCGCGUAGCCGUGCCGGUUCUUGUAAAGGACGGCAAACCCUGUCAAAACGCAUCCAACACGUCGACGCCGAACCAGCAAACCGUGCAGCAGAGCCAACAGAACCAACAACAGAACGGGGCCGCAGUGGUGCUGGGUCAGCACCAAAACCAGCAGCAGGUAAAUGAUUUGGACCUUGAGGAGAUGUCGCCCAGCCCCCCAUCGCUGCACAGCCAGCUCAGCAUGGCCCAAAUAGACACUUCUGCUGUAGAUUACACCAGUAAUAUGGUCAGCUCGAACCUCCUCUACGGCAGAACGUGGUAGGACACGCUGCAGUUUCCUUUUCUAUCAACCUGCGGAGGAUGAGCCCAUUUCACACAUGCAGAUAGACAUAAAAUAAAGAACAUGGUCCGAAAAAAAUAAGACAAAAAGUGAGGGCCUCGGGGCAGUACAGGCCAGCUGAUCAGGGCACAUUUUCUUGACAUCUCUCGUGAAGGGAGUCUAUUUUUGAACAUUACACAUAUGGCUGACCCUUGAAAAGCAAUCAAGACGCUUUGGACCCCUUUUGUAAUUUUUUGGACCUCCCUCACGAUGUUUUAAUUCUAGUCUAUGUUUGAAGAGAAAAGAAAAAAAGAAAAAAAACGAUAAGGAGUUGAAGUCACCAACCAGGAAUUUUGUCAUAUGGAUAUUGUAAACUAAUGUAUUCAAUUAGACAUCUGAAAUGAAAUAGGGACUUGUAUAUUUGGCUAACAAGAAUACGUUUAACUGUAUAAUAAUCGUUAUUUGCGUCCACUUUUAUGUUUUCUUUAUUCUUUUGUAAGUUAAAACGAUCAAAUGGAGCUGCUGUACAUGUUUCAAUACAAGUAAACAAUAAGAAUAAAUAACUUGAAG